AUGGAAGAUGAUGCUUCGCGGCAGGUGGUGCCAGGAUGCAGGCCCUACUGGUACUGCUGCGACGAAGAGGACGACGCGGGCUGGGGUUGCGGAUACCGAUGCUGCCAGAUGCUCGUUCAUCAGUUCAAGCGCAAGAAGCAAGAUGAAUCGCGCGAGGUGACACUACCCUCGAUUCGGCAAAUCAUCGACAGAGUGAACGACAGCCUGGGCAAGCAUGGCGACGAGGAGGCAGCGUCGUUGCCCACGCUGAAGUGGGGCGAUUGGAUGACACUAGAGCACAUCAUUCGCUUCUUCCAAACAACCCCAGAUCUGACGAAUGGGUUCGAGUACUUCAUCUUCGAGCGGCUCGAUCGGAGGCAAGGGCUGGUGGCCAAGCUGGAGGACCACCUCUCGCGGCACAACAGCCUCAUCAUCGCCGAGGGCACUGGCAUGAUCUUUUGCAUAGGCGGGCUGCGUCGAUCUACCACCGCGACGGACGACGCCGGCGAUGUGCAGCUCUACAUCUUGGAUCCGCAUGGGCCACCUUCGUCAUGGUCCGGAAGCGAAAGUGACGAACCGUUUCGAUUCAAGGGCGGCAGUGGCUGGAUUGGAUUCUAUCCCCUCUUCUUCGGGACGUGCCUCGAUGAAUUCUUUGCUGCCUUUCCGGAGAGGAAGACCGAGAUUGACGCUGCAACGAUCGACAUCUCACACAAAAAGAAGGAAGAACUCUACGCGGACGUCAUGGACAUCUGCGGUGUCUGCGAGAAGCGAAUCUACCCCAACGACCCCUCAUGGGCUGGCGAGGGCGGCAAGAAGUGGCACAAGGGCUGCUUCAAGUGCUCCGACUGCGGCGUCCUGCUGGUCCUCCGUAACGCCCAGGUCCUCGGCGGCACCAUCUACUGCGAAAAGCACAAGCCCACCGACAAGCCCACCCAGACGGCCGACAGGCUCGACCUCAACACCGAGAAGAACAAGCCCAAGGUGGCGACGGUGAACACCAACAUGCGAGGCGAGCUGGUGGGCCAGAAGUCGACCGAGGGCGCCGACAGCAUCGGCAUCGGGGGCCGCAUCCAGGCCGGCAAGCUGGCCCAGGAGUCGCGCAAUGUGAACGACAACGUGCGCGGUGAGCUCGCCGGCCAGAAGUCGGCCGAGGGCGCCGACAGCAUCGGCAUCGGCGGUCGCAUCCAGGCCGGCAAGCUGGCCCAGGAGUCGCGUAACGUGAACGAGAACGUGCGCGGCGAGCUCGCCGGCCAGAAGUCGGCCAUGAACGCCGACUCGAUGGGCAUUGCUCACUCGAUUGAGACGCAGAAGAUGGCGACCGAGACGCGCCUGGUGAACGAACAGAUCAGAGGCAGCGCCGCCGGUCAGCAGAGCAACCACGUCGCCUCCGCCGUGGCCGUCACCGGCCACCAGGAGUAA